UUGCUCAAUAAACUGGAGGAAAAUGAACCAGAACUAGCGUCGUCACCGGAGGAAGAAUGUGUUAUAUGUGUGAACGCGAAAGCGACAAUGCAAACGUCUCCGUGUGGGCAUCGUGUUGUCUGUAGAAGAUGCUUCGUGAAAACCAUUCAGAUGGCGGUCAGCCAACGACUGCUUCCUCUACGCUGCGUCAUCUGCAGAGCAAAAAUACUCAGGCUGCGACAAGCACCGAGACUUGUCACCAGCAAGAGUUGGCAGGUAUCGAGUGGUAGCGGUAAGACCUGGGGCGUGCCUGGAUCAGUGUCGUCUUACUCCGUGGGCGCCAGAUCAGUGCCAGCCUCCGCCUCCUUAUAUUCAGUUACCAGCGGCGAAUCUUCGCUUUCUGGCGUGUCUUCCGUCUCGUCCAACAGUGGCAACACCAGCUCUAAUAGUUGUUCAACUAAGUUAUGUGGUGGAGCAAAGUGUGGGGGGGCUUGUUUGGGCGCUGUGCCGCGCGUGCCCGUAGCCUCCGCCCCUCCACGAGCGAGACAACCGGCUUCAAACUCAUUGAGACGAUCCCAGCAUCACAGCAUGAAGGCUCGUCUGCAAGAAUAUCAAGUCCACAGCUACACCGGUGGUCCGGUUGGAGAGCCUUCGGGUAGAUUGCCGCCUAUUCGGGAGUUCCAAAGGGAAUUUCGUGAAGGACGUCGUGAGAGCGCCCAGGCUGCGUCAGCCUCUACUAGAAUAAGGUGUGCUCAGAAAAUUGUUACGCAACUGGAAACAUCCCCGCAAAAAAAUAAACAACACUUUUUCCGGCCUCUAAAACCAUCAAAUAAAGAUGACCCGCCUAAAUCUAGAGAUCAUAGCAAAGAGACUGAUAAGAAAAAAGAAAACCCCAAAACAAAACCCAAAAAAGACGAUAAGAAGAAGAAAGAGAACGAAGAAAAUACAAAACAAGGUGAUAAAACUAAAAAAGACGAGAGUGUUGAUAAUAAAAAGAAUGAAUCAGCUGAGAAGAAGAAGGAAGAAAAACUAAGACUUAAAGCAGAGAAGGAAGCUAAGAAACAAGCUAAAGAAGAAGAGAGACAAGCCAAGCUACAAGCGAAAGAAGAAGAAAGGCAAGCUAAGCUGUUAGCAAAGGAGGAAAAAAAGAAAGCCAAAAAAGAAGCAAAACUCGCAGCUUUAGCUGAAAAAGAGAAGAAUAAAUAA